AGUGACACUUAGGAUACGCUCAGACUUGUGUGAUUCCCUGAGGUGACCUGCAGAUUUAACCGUCCACAGAAGAAAGUUGACGUUGUGACACAAGCCAAGGGGCUGACAGCCUGACAGAGGACAUCGGUGGGAGCUUGCUCAUCCUCCGGAGAAGUCCAGUUCGUGGCAGAAGAAUGGGCCGUGGAAGAGCGGCAAGGCUCCUGCCACCUAUCGGACUCGCGUCAAUAUGGUCGCUCUUGAUGCUUUCUACCGUCACGACGCAAGCAGUUUCCACGCAGUGUGACAACUCGACGAUCAACGCCACCUCAACAAUCUCUUCAGGAGUUUGCAACGUCACCUCGGCUGAUGAAUCCCCUAACUGCAUGUCACCCAACAACACAACCUGCUCAGCUGAUUCCAGCACGGCGUCUUCUAAUACAUUCAGCCAAGACAUCUCUCCCAGUCCAACCAGUAGCGCAUUCAGCCAAGAGGUCCCUCCCAGUCCGACCAGUAGCAUAUUUAGCCAAGACAUCUCUCCCAGUCCAACCAGUAGCGCAUUCAGCCAAGAGGUCCCUCCCAGUCCGACCAGUAGCGUAUUUAGCCAAGACAUCCCUCCCAGUCCAACCAGUAGCACAUUCAGCCAAGACAUCCCUCCCAGUCCAACCAGUAGUGCAUUCAGCCAAGAGGUCCUUCCAAGUACAACCAGUAGCGCAUUCAGCCAACACGUCCCUCCCAGUCCGGCCAGUAGCGUAUUUAGCCAAGACAUCUCUCCCAGUCCAUCCAGUAGUGUAACCAGCAGUGCAUUCAGCCAACACGUCCCUCCCAGUCCAACCAGUAGCGCAUUCAGCCAAGAGGUCCCUCCCAGUCCGACCAGUAGCAUAUUUAGCCAAGACAUCCCUCCCAGUCCAACCAGUAGCGCAUUCAGCCAAGAGGUCCCUCCCAGUCCAACCAGUAGCGCAUUCAGCCAAGACAUCCCUCCCAGUCCAACCAGUAGCACAUUCAGCCAACAUAUUCCUCCCAGUCCAACCAGUAGUGCAUUCAGCCAAGAGGUCCUUCCAAGUACAACCAGUAACGCAUUCAGCCAACACGUCCCUCCCAGUCCGGCCAGUAGCGUAUUUAGCCAAGACAUCUCUCCCAGUCCAUCCAGUAGUGUAACCAGCAGUGCAUUCAGCCAAGACGUCCCUCCCAGUACAACCAGUAGCGCAUUCAGCCAACACGUCCCUCCUAGUCCAACCAGUAGCACAUUCAGCCAAGAGGUCCCUCCCAGUCCGGCCAGUAGCGUAUUUAGCCAAGACAUCUCUCCCAGUCCAACCAGUAGUGUAACCAGUAGUGCAUUCAGCCAAGAGGUCCCUCCCAGUCCGGCCAGUAGUAUAUUUAGCCAAGACAUCUCUCCCAGUCCAACCAGUAGUGUAACCAGUAGUGUAUUUAGCCAAGACAUCUCUCCAAGUCCAACCAGUAGUGUAACUAGUAGCGCAUUCAGUGAACACGUCGCUCCCAGUACAACCAGUAGCGCAUUCAGCCAACACAUCCCUCCCAGUCCAACCAGUAGUGCAUUCAGCCAAGAGGUCCCUCCCAGUCCAACCAGUAGCGUAACCAGUAGCGCAUUAAGCCAAGACAUCUCUCCCAGUCCAACCAGUAGCACAUUCCACCAAGAAGCUUCUCCCAGUCCAACCAGCAGUUUGUUUCCCAGUAUGCCCAGUAGCACACUGCCUCCCCAUCUAUUAAGCAAUAGCGCCUCUCCCAGUCCACCCAGCAGCACACUGCUUCCAGCUUCUCUUAGCAAUGACAUAUUUUCCAGUUCGCCCAGUAACACAGUGCUCCCCACUCCAAUAAGCAAUGGAACUCCUCCCAGUUUGCCCAGCAGCACAAAUCCCCACAGUGUAUUCACUAGCACCAGUUCUCCCAGUCCUUCCAGUUCCAGUGGCCCCACUGACUUGUCAUCCUUCAGCACCAGCUCAACAGCUCCACCAACGGUGACCAGCACGCUGCCCCUUGUGGCUGCCCCCGUCGUAUUCAAGAUGAAUCAGCAAUUCAAAAGUGAACUUUCCAACAGGUCGUCCCCAGAGUUCAAGGUUCUCAGUGAUCAGGUCUCGGGCGAGCUGACCAGUGUUUACAGAAAGCAAUUCCCAAAAACCUUUGAGAGAGUGGACAUCCUCAGCUUCAGCAAUGGCUCCAUCAUCACGAAUGUUAGUAUUAUUUUUCAAACAGUCACUACUGCCCCAUCUUCUUCAGACAUGGUGAGGACACUGGCAACUGGAGUACUGAGUAACGCCUUGGGCAACCUCAGUGUCAUUGCCGAUACGAUAGCGUCAAACAGUGUGACACUCGGCUCCCUGCCUCCUCUCGCUGUACAGAUCCAGAUGAUCGUCCUCACCAGCUUUGGCACCCCAGAAUCAGACAACUUGACCUCCAUAAUCAAGCAACAGCUAAUGGUCAUCCUCUCAUUGGCCUACAAUGGGACCAUCAUCAACAGCAAUGUCAGCACCAGCAACAGUAAUGGAUGGACACUGAUGACGGCAAACUAUGAGCUGAACACACCCAACAUUCAGCCAGAGUCCGUGGUGCUGCAGCAGAUUCACUCAAACAGCUCGGUGAACUACGACCAGACGUCCCUGGUAGUGAAUGGAGUCAACACAAUGUUCAGUAGCUUCUUCUACUCUCUGCGAAUUACAAGCCUCAACUUCACAAACGACCUUACCAACAAAGGGUCCGCGGAGUUUGCUGCAAGCUACUCGAAAAUUUACAGUGCUCUGGCCUCACUUUUCCAGUCCCAGAGUAACUUCGUGCAGGUCUUCAUCAACAACUUUACCCAAGGCUCGGUAGUUGCCAAUACACAGUUUAUCUUCAAGCAGAACACCAUUUCUGAUGCUCAGGUGCAACAGGUCAUCUUGAAUGGAGCAAGCAAUUUGACUGCAGAUGGUAUCGUCAUUGACCCGGCCUCAUUCAGCACCUUUAGUACAACAACUACAAGCACCAGCACAGCCUCGCCCAACAGCACCAGCUCUGCACCUCAGGCUACACAAGCCAAUGGAACUCAACCAGCAGCAGCUACACCAACCAGUAUGGCACCUGCUAAUGGGACUACACAAAGCAACACAACCACCAUAACUGCAGCUCCAAAUAACCACACAGACUCUGCUUCUUCACAAAACAAUACAAUGUUUACUAGUGCAGCUCCAAAGAACAAUUCAACGUUAAUAACUAUGCAAGGGAACAUCACUUCUGCAUCACCACCUCUGAAUAACAGCACAAAUUCUACCGUUGCACAACACAAUACACCUACAGCUCUAAACAGCACAACCUCAACAAGUGUGCAAAACAACACAACCUUCACAACUUCAGCUGCAAACAGCAACACAACCUCCAUGACUGCAGCUCCAAGUAACACAACCGCUACAGGUAAAGACAACACAACAGCCUUUACGACCGCAGUUCCAAAUAACGCAACCUCAACAACCAUCCAGAACAACGGCACAAACUCCACAGCUACACAAACCGUUGCCACAGCUACACAAACCGUUGCAACAUCUGUGACGACCGCCAACGGCACAAACUCCACAGCUACACAAACCAUUGCAACAUCUGUGACGACCGCCAACGGCACAAACGCCACAGCUACACAAACCGUUACGACGUCCGUAACGACCGCCACCAGCACAAACUCCACAGCUACACAAACCGUUGCGACGUCCGUAACGACCGCCACCAGCACAAACUCCACAGCUACACAAACCGUUGCGACGUCCGUAACGACCGCCACCAGCACAAACUCCACAGCUACACAAACCGUUGCGACGUCCGUGACGACCGCCACCAGCACAAACCCACCAACCACCAGCACACCAAGCAGCAGUGCCAACUCAACUGUGAGUCUUCAGUUCACCAUUAUGGACUCUUUCACACCUGACCUUAACAAUCCGGCUUCAGAAGCAUACAAGAACAUCACUGGUCGGAUCAUCAGUGCACUUGAUAAGGUCUUCAUAUUCCAGUUCAAGGAGAAGUUUAACAGGACUGAAAUCAGGAAACUCAGCUCGGGGUCCAUCAAAGUUGAGGCUGACUGCAUCUUCAAUGCCAAUACCAACGUCACCAGUACUGAAGUGGUUCGAAGUGUCGUACAGGGAAUAAACAGUGGUGUGCUGAGCACCCUCAACAUCAAUGAGAGCACCAUUUCUUCAAACAAUGUAACUGUGCGGACUCUGGGGCCCAUCACUGUGCACAUCGAGCUCAUCGUCCUCAUUGGCUUUUCAAGUGCACCUCAGCUCAACAGCAUCUUGGACAGCUGGCUGCAGCCUUUCCUGAUGGCAAAAUAUAAUGCAAGUAGUGUGAGCGGCAACUACACCUACAGUGACAGCAACGGCUGGACCAAAGUUGUGACAGACAAGGUGGUGAACACAACGCUCCAGCUCCCAGAUGACAAUGUCUUUCAGGGUCUUGUAGCCAGCACAAGUCCUGUGCUUUAUCAAAUUUCUUCUGUGAAGAUUAACAAUUUCAUUGCACAAAGCCAGUACCAGACAUUCCAACAAAGCUUCCGAAUAACUAACAAGAAUUUUGACUCCACACUUAGCAACAAGAGCUCUGCACAAUUCAUGAGCCUCAGCCAAGAGGUGAUAAAUACGGUAUCCGUGCUCUUUUCAAACCAGAAUGGAUUUCAGCAGUUGUUCAUCAACAGCUUCACGCCAGGCUCCGUCGUGGCCAGCAGCAGCUUUGUAUUCAGCAGCAACAUAGGCUCAAGCUCACAGCAGAUACAGCAGACUCUUGCAAGUGGAAUCAGCAUACUCUCCUUAUCGGGACUUGACAUCGAUCCUGCAUCACUUGUUCCUGUGACUCCAUCCACUCCAAGGCCAUUCCCAGGAUUUGCUGUGGCCAUCAUCGUGCUUUGUGGCUUGGCCAUCCUGUGCUUCCCGCUAAUCAUUAUUGCUCUCGUGAAGACUGGUGCUUGUAGGAAACUGUCCCAUGCUUUCACUCUCAAAACACCCAGCAGCGCGGACCUGAGGAUUCCUCUUUGGGAUGAUUAGGAAAGGUGCACUGAAGACAUGACUUCUUUAAAAAUACUUAGAUGUUUACUUUGUCCUAAACUUGCACAAAAGAAGACGAGUUCUAAUUAAUUUAGAUUUCUAUUAUUUGUACUGCCACAGAUCUUGAAUCCUUUCCCUCAUUCUCAAAUGUCUCUUCAGUGAUCCAGCUCAAAGUCUGAUUUCACACACCAAAUAAAUAAAGCUAAGAAUCAAUCACAGAACACUGGAAUUCACAUACUUGCAAACUGUAGACGCUAUCCCCUAUUGUAUACUUCCAAGUGUUUCUUCAAGAUGUUUUAAUAAAUGACCCAGCAACAGGCACAUUUGACUGCAUGUCAGUCUUACCAGAAGGAGCUUUGCUAAGCCAGUAGCCCUUCAACUCACUGAGUGGUUGGUUAUCAAGCCCCAGGUGACAUGUAAAGGAUUGAGAAAGUCAUAGCUGAGGGUCAGUCUGCUGCUCAUCACAGCAGGGUGUCACUUCCCUAAGGUCCACAUAAAACUGAAGCCAGCUCAGAUUCUACCUGCUACACCAUGCAUGUUACUCCAUGAUUUAAAGAAACACCAAAUGUUUAAUUUCACAAUACAGAAAAUAAGCAGGAUUGACAACAAUGUCUGUUUAUGCCUUUGGUCAGCUCAUUUUCCCAGCUUUGUUUGCACUUGUCACUUAUACACUGUCAAUCAUUUUGAGAGACUUUGUCUCUCUGGAUUCCUCGGUCAGACAAGAGUGUUAAAUUACAGCACUGCGCAUUAGACUAAACGUACAGUUCAUUUCUGUGAGAUAGGGAAAAGAAACUAGGGGGCCAGGUCCCUGAAGGGACAUGCAAGACUGGCGUCAAAUCAAUGAAGGAUGGGGGGCACUGAUGACUCGCCCAGUCUGCUAGUGGGUCAGAAAUGGUGAGAAUUUCAAGAUACUACAAGAGAAGUAACCAAAUCGUACCUCUCAAUCUUGAUGGAUGAUGAACCACUGAAGACUCGCAGACAGGAGACGGUGACUGUGCUUAGGAAGCAUAAAGUAUCCCUCCGCACCUGUGUGUUUAAUAAGUUGAUAGCGCUCUGCUGUUUUUCUGACUUGUAUUUAUUUGUUUCAUACACUAAGUGCUUGAGGAUUGCUGAAAGUGUUAUUUAGUUCUGAUGUUAUUUGCUAACUUAAAAGCUUUGUAUUUUAAUAAAUAAAUAUUAGAUGCUUAUAUGUUU